AUGGGCUGUAAACAGGUCAAAAUAUAUCCAACUGCCAACGAUUCACAAACAACGACUAGUACUUCUAAAAGUACCAGAAAAACGUCAGAUAUAGAUUUGAGUUCGUUAGAUCCAAAUGCGUUUAAUUCUAAACUAUGCCAACAACGACAAAAUGCUAUCGAUAACAUGACAUAUCGCAGAACAAUCGAUAGCUGGACGGCUAGUUCUAUUCAACAGUUAGUCAAUUAUAUCAAAGAAUUUUCUUCAAAUAAAAAUACAGUUGACAAAGCUUGGAUCAUCUUUUAUUGGAUAUCUCAAAAUAUCAGUUAUGAUGAUGCAUCGUAUUUUAGUGGACGCAUUCCUACUCAAGCUACUGAAAAUGUAUUUCAAAGUAAAAAAGCCGUUUGUGAAGGUUAUGCAUGUUUAUUUAAAAAAUUGUGUGAUGAAAUUGGAUUAAAAUGUGAAAAAAUUAGCGGUUAUGCUAAAGGUUAUUCGUAUAAUCCACGAAAAUCAGCAUUCGACGAUGUAAAUCAUGCAUGGAACGUUCUACAGAUCGAUGAUCACUGGUAUUUUAUUGAAGCAACCUGGGGAUCAGGACACAUAGAAAAAGGCAAAAGGUUUAAGAAAGAACUUGAUACACAUAAUUUUUUUUGUCGUCCUGAACAUAUGAUUUACAAGCAUUUACCUACCGAUAAUAAAUGGCAGUUAUUAGCUAGACCAAUAACCAUGAAUGAAUAUUUACGUCUACCUAAUACCCAUUCAGCAUUUUUUGAAUUAGGGCUCGAAAUAGUCACGCCAAAAUAUUCACAAACUGUUCAUUUACAAUCAGGUAAAUCGUAUGCCGAGCUAUUAGUUAAAACGCCAGAUGAUGUUGAGUUAUUAGGUUCCUUGAAGGAUUCACUCGAAGGAGAAGAUAUUGAAGGAGCUGCUCAGGUAUAUUUCGACCGUCAGAAAUCACUCUGGAUAUGCCAGUUUGCACCGCAGCGUAAUGGUAUGCACAAUAUUACAAUUUUUGCUAAAAAAAAAACAUCACCAGGGUCAUUUCAUGGAGCAAUCGAAUUUAUACUUGAUGUUAAAGAUUUGAAAACGUUUAACAGCUAUCCACAUACUUGGUCACAUUUUUAUGAAUACGGAUUACAAAUUGUUGCACCAAAUAACAGUAGGUCAGCUGUUUGGCCAGUUGGUGCAUCAUAUUGCGAAAUUCUUAUUCACUCACCAGAAAAUGUACUGCUAUCAGGUGAUAUCAAAUAUGAUGAUCAAACAAUCGAACAAGGUAAUCUAGUACAAUAUGAUAUUGAGAAAAGAAUUUGGCAAUGUCUUUUUGCACCCACACACACUGGUUUACAUAAAAUUACAAUUUUUGCUAAAAAUGUGAAAGAUGGUGAUGUUUCACAUUGUGCUGUUCGAUUCGACUUAAAUGUAAACGAAUUAAAACAACCUAUGUCCUUUCCUUUGACGUAUGGUGGAUUUCAAGAAAGAAAAUGUAAAAUAUACGAGCCACUCAAUGGUAUACUGAAAAGAAACACAGACGUCACUUUUUAUUGUCGUAUACCCGAUGCAAAAGAAGUGAAUUUAACCGUCGAUUCUAAUUGGUUAGUUGCUGAAGGAUAUGAGAAAAACGUGCUGAAGCGCACAAUUAAAGUGGGAACACAAGAUGUUUCAGUAUGGACAAAAUAUGGUAAUAGUUAUACGGGAGUUUUAAAAUAUAAGGUCACAUAA